AUGACUUCGGUACCCAUUCACAGCUCUACCGAUGGCGGGGAUGGCAGCAGUUCAAGCAGGAAGAAGCAGAUUCUGCUGAACGCUUUUGACAUGUCCACCGUCGGGCACCUUUCUCCAGGACAGUGGAAGAACCCUGUCGAUAAAUCAGCAACCAAGAGAGACCUCGACUACUGGAUUAAUCUCGCAAAGUUGUUGGAAAGGGGCGGUAUCAAUGCCCUUUUCCUAGCCGACACGUACGGAGGUUACGAUACAUACGAAGGCAGUCUUGACAACUGCAUUCGUCGCGCGGCACAAUGGCCAAUGACCGAUCCUACGAUUCCAAUCAGUGCCAUGGCUGCAGUGACCAAGAACCUCUCGUUCGCCAUCACUGCGUCCACCUCCUUCGAGCCACCAUUUUUGCUUGCCAAGCGCCUGUCGAGCCUAGAUCAUUUCACAAGGGGUCGUAUUGGUUGGAACAUUGUCACUUCCUGGAAGAAGGCUGCUUUCAAGGCCAUCGGUCUUGACAGCCCGAUCCCUCACGAUGAGCGAUAUGCACAGGCGGAUGAGUAUUUGAGAGUGCUAUAUAAGCUUUGGGAAGGCUCAUGGGCGGAUGACGCAAUUACGCCUGAUCCCCAAAACGACAGCUAUGCCGACCCUGAUAAGAUCCGAACGAUUCAUCAUCACGGGAAGUUCUUCGAUCUUGACACACGCCACAUCGUCGACCCCUCCCCUCAGAGAACCCCCUUCCUGUUCCAGGCAGGCACGUCAACAGCUGGCUCCGAAUUUGCUGCUACCCAUGCUGAGGGCAUCUUUGUUUCCUCUCAUUCUCCUCAGCUCCUGAGGCCUAAGAUCAAGCAAAUUAGAGAGAAGGCGGCAGCACUUGGCCGAGACCCUCAAUCGUUGAAGUUUUUUGCAACCUUCACUCCUAUUAUCGGUCGAACAGACGAAGGGGCCCGGGCCAAGCACGAGGAGCUCAAGAAGUACGCCUCCGUGAUAGGUGGAUUGGUCCUUGUGAGUGGCUGGACGGGCAUUGAUCUCUCCAAGAUCCCUGUGGAUCAGGAGGUCACUGCUGCCGAUUCGUUGGAGGCGCAUAAGGUUCGCAGCAUUCUCGAUUCUUUCACUACUACGAGCGAGCACGUACCUAAAUGGACACCCCGUGUUAUCGCCGAGCGGGCGGCGAUUGGAGGCCUCGGCCCCGUAUCUGUUGGAAGUCCGGAGAAGGUGGCAGACGAGCUGGAGUACUGGGUUCGGGAGGGUGAUCUCGAUGGAUUCAAUCUAGGAUAUGUGACGACCCCUGGUACCUUUGAAGAUGUUGUUGAUCUUCUCAUCCCUGAGCUUCGGCGUCGUGGGAUUUACCCAGAGGCGCCCGCAGAGGAUGUGCGGCUGACGGCCAGAGAAAAGGUCUAUGGUGAGGGACAGAAGGGGUUGAGAGCUGAUCACCCAGGUUCUACCUACAAGUAUGAUGUCUACAGGGAGGAAAGCACAGAGCCAGAAAAGCACGCUCCAAGCCACUUGUCGUAG